GGCAGCCCUGCUCUAGGGAGUUUCCCAAAGACUACCCUGGAAAAUUAGACUCAAGUUUAGCCCACCAGCAAAGGCCUGGCCACCCAACAAGUAAUCCAUUUUCUGAUCUGCUGGAGAAACCAGAUCUCUGACCUUCCAAAGUAUGGGUCGCCUCACCUUUAGACCUCCAUCCAUCACGAAACUUGUGGUACGGUGCUUCCUUUUGACAUUCCAUGUCUCAGCAGCUCCAGGAAAGCAUAGCUCCCAUGCUCUUGCUGAAGACCGCCUCUUCAAACACCUCUUUAGGGGCUACAAUCGCUGGUCGCGCCCAGUUCAGAACACUUCUGAUGUGGUGAUCAUCCGCUUUGGGCUCUCCAUUGCCCAACUCAUUGAUGUGGAUGAGAAGAAUCAGAUGAUGACGACCAAUGUGUGGCUGAAACAGGAGUGGAGUGACUACAAGCUAUGCUGGAACCCAACUGAAUAUGGCAACAUCACAUCGAUCCGGGUCCCUUCAGAGAUGAUCUGGAUUCCUGACAUUGUCCUCUACAACAAUGCUGAUGGGGAGUUUGCAGUGACUCACAUGACUAAGGCUCACCUGUUCUUCACGGGCACAGUGAAGUGGGCACCCCCAGCAAUCUAUAAAAGCUCCUGUAGUAUUGAUGUGACUUUCUUCCCCUUUGACCAGCAGAACUGCAAGAUGAAGUUUGGCUCCUGGACCUAUGACAAGGCCAAGAUCGACCUUCAGCAGAUGGAAAAGAUGGUAGACCUGAAGGAUUACUGGGAGAGUGGGGAAUGGGCCAUCAUCAAUGCUGUGGGCACCUACAACACUAAGAAGUAUGAUUGCUGUGUUGAGAUCUACCCCGACAUCACCUAUUUCUUCAUUAUCCGGAGGUUGCCUCUCUUCUAUACCAUUAACCUCAUCAUCCCAUGCCUCCUUAUCUCUUGCCUCACUGUCCUGGUGUUCUACCUGCCAUCAGACUGUGGUGAGAAGAUCACCCUCUGUAUCUCAGUCCUACUGUCACUCACUGUCUUCCUCCUGCUCAUCACUGAGAUCAUUCCCUCCACUUCCUUGGUCAUUCCACUCAUUGGUGAGUACCUACUCUUCACCAUGAUCUUUGUCACACUCUCUAUUGUCAUCACUGUCUUUGUCCUCAAUGUUCACCACCGAUCUCCAGGAACCCACAUCAUGCCCCACUGGGUGAGGGUUGCCUUUCUGGGCUGUAUACCCCGAUGGCUUUGGAUGAAUCGGCCCCUUCCUGUCCUGGAGCUCCAUCACAAUCCUGUCCAAAAGCUCAGUACCACUCAUUGUUGGCUGGACACCAAUGUAGAUGAGGAUGAGAAAGAGGGUGAAGAGGAGGAAGAAAGCUGGGAAUUUUCUGGCCAUUCAUCACCAGUAAUUGAUACCCUCUGUUGUCACUGUGGCCAUCACCAUGGUUCUCCAUGUUCCAAGACAGGGAUUCAAUUGCCAAAGACUGGAUUCCUUUUGCCCCCCAGCAUCCAAAAAGCCUUGGAAGGUGUGCACUAUAUUGCUGAUCACCUGAGGACUGAGGAUGCUGAUUUUUCGGUGAAGGAAGACUGGAAGUACGUUGCCAUGGUGAUUGACCGCAUAUUCCUCUGGAUGUUCAUCAUUGUUUGCUUCCUUGGGACCAUUGGCCUCUUUCUUCCUCCGCUUGUAGCUGGCAUGAUCUAAAAGCACAAGUCUUGAUCCAAGGGUGAUGCCUUCUAGCUUCUCUGGUAUUUGUAACUAUAUUUGCAUUUUCACUAAGACAUUGGGGGAAUAGGAGGUACUAAUUCAGCCAGUCAUUUGAGAGUUGGUGUAAUGAGGUCGCUGGCUAUUCCAUCGUGGAAGUCUCAUUCUGGAACUUAUCUACCAUGAAGCUGAUGAUUAUUUCAUUCAUUCAUUCAGCAAAUAUUGAGUACCUGUUGUAAGCAUAGCAUUAUCCUAUGUAUCAGUGGGAACAUGAAAAAAAAAAAGAUGUAGUCCCUGCUCUCCAGGAGCUUACAAUCUACAUGGAACAGUUAAGAUACAAUACAAGGUAUUGAUUAGACUGGGGAAAUGAAUGAGACUCACUACAAGGUCUAUAGCAAUGGAAUGGGAGGAGGACUGGAAAUGUUGGCCGAUGUGGGAGGAGAAGACAAAAGUUGGACUUUGAAAAGUAGAGAUGAUUUGGGCAAGUGGAGGGAGGGAAUUCUAGGAUUGCUGGUGUGAGGGAAAAUAGAAAUGAACAGAAACUUAUUGUGAAAACAAGCAUGGAUUAUAGGAUCACAGAUGUAAACCUCAAAGAUCAGCUUGUACAUCUUCAUUUUAUAGAUGAGGAAACUGAGGCUUAUAGAGGUUAUGACUUGUCCAAGGUCAUACAGAUAGUAAGUUGACAAGUCAAGCUUUGAAUCUAGAAUCUCCAAACCCAACACUCUCCACUGAAUUAUGCUGGGUCAGUAAGGAGAUUGUCCUGGUUGGAGUAGAGAAUGUUGGAGAAUAAUCAGAAGCAUCAUUGGAAAGGUAGUUUGGGGGUUCAUAAGAAAGGGGCUUGAAUAUCAGUUUGAGAAAUUUGGACUGGAAGGAUAAGGAAAACAUUGGAGGUGUUUGAACAAAUGAGUGACAUUGAGAAAUCAGUGUUUUAGGAAGCUUUGUCUAGUGGAGAGGUGGCAUAGUAUAGUGGAUACAGAGUCAGCCUUGAAACCAGAAAGACUUGGGAUCUAGUCCUGUGCAAAAACAUAGUGGCUGUGUGACCCUGGGACAAAUCAAUUAUCUUCUCAGCUCUCCAUCAGCUCUCUAAGAUUUUAAGUUUCAGGGUAGGUGCCAAUCUUUACUUCAACUCUGAGUCUUAGAAAGUUGUCCAAGGAUUCCAUUCUAGUCCCAUUACUUACACCUCUUGAUUCUGGACCGCUCACUGAUUUCAUUCAUAUUUGACUUCUCUUCUGGUUUGUGAAUAAAGGCCUAACUCUCACGCCUAUUUUGAUGCCAUUUUCACCUGAUGUAUCUUUAUAAAUUAUCAUCUAAGCCCCACCAUCUUGGUUAAGCAUUUUUAUUCCUUCCCACUGUUAUUUGAUGGCAUAUGCCCCUGCUUCCAGCAACAACUCCUGGAAUCCCAACUGAGCUAACACUGAUGUCAGGUUAUAGCCACCCAUCCUGAUCAAGUCUCUCUGGACCAAAAGCUAAAGAACCCCUUAACAACCCUGUGGCUACUUCACUGUUCCCUACCCAGGACCAGUACCUGCCCUCUGAUCCUCCUCCUGCAGGAAAGGGAGGUACACUGAACAUUGAAACCAAUUCAUUUCUUCCAGGAGCAUAAUUCAAUGUCAAUAGAAAUGUCAUAGAACAGGGUUGGGGGGAGGGAGGUGGAGAAGAGGAAUCAAUCCAACCACAAAACAAAUGGUACAUUUUUAAUUCAACCACAAAUCAAAUAGAAAGAAGAUGGAAGAGUGUUUUACGUAAACAACCAAAAAAAUAAAGGAGGGGAGGAAGGGAGAGACGGAGAGAGAA